AUGAACAGCCUCAUCAUCUGCACCCUCGCGGUCUUCGGGCUCGUCUACGGCAGGCCGGCCACGAAUGAGGAGGCCCAGGUGGAGGCGCUCGGCAAGAUCAAGAUGGACAUCAAUGACCUGUUCAGCGACGAUUUGUUGAAGCUCUUCACCCCCGAGCUGAAUGAGUUCACCACGAGCCUCACCCUGCUCGACGCCAGCAGUUUCUUGGCGUUAGCCGGACAGAAGGAUCAGUUCAAGACGGUCAAGGAUGUCAUGGACGCGCUCAAGGAGACCAACGAGGACACGUACGACAAGGUGCAGAAGCUGGUCACCGCUUACAAGAAGCGAUAUGCCGAGCUGACGCCCGGAGCCAAGAAGAUUCUGGAGGAGUCGCACUUCUCCGGCCUGUGUACCAAGGACCUGACGACGCUGAGCGACGCCGAGGGCCACGAGAUGGUAAACAAGUUCCGCGAAGCACUCGGAAAGGCCAGCGAUGCCGACAAGAAGUCGAUUGAGAAGCAGCUGCCGUUGCUGUACAAGCUGGUCAACGAACCGGAAAUCCUGAAGAAGGCCCAAUCCGAGCUGAAGAAGAAGGGCAAGGCCUACGUCGCCAAGAUCGCCAAGCAACAACAGGAUAUUGCCAGCGCUGCC